CAAUGGGACUUAAGUAAAUUAGAUUGAUCAAGGGAACUCUGGGUAAAUUUAAUAUGGAAUAUCAAGGGGAUUCCAGCUGAAUUGGAUUGGUGGGUCAAAAGAAUGCUGGGUAAAUCAAUGCUUGGGACGAGGAUAUUCUGGGUAAAUUGAAUGGUGGAUCAAGGAGAUUCUGGUAACACGGAUGGGCACUCAAUAGGGGUCUGGGUAAAUUAGAUUGAUGAGGUCAUAGGAAUGCAGGGUAAAUUCCAUGUUGGUAGUGGGUCAAGGGGAUUCUGGGUAAAUUGGAAAGGGUCAGGGGAAUUGUGGGUAAAUCAGUGGCUGUGGGGCACAAAUGGCAGGAUUGUAUUAUCAUUCUCCACAUCCCCACCACUGGCCACUCCACCCAUCCCUGUCUCCCUAGCACAAGGCAGGAACUGGCUAAACGCUCUUCUCGGCCUGCUGACCCUUGCACUCGGCCUGUCCAGUCACCCCACGCCCAGCCACUCCUCGAAAGCAACGGUGGCUGAGGUGGCUACUGUUCUCCACACAAAGGUUCACCAGCUCCUCAGCCUAUACGUAAAGGAUCUGCUCCAAGGGGUGAUAUUAAAGGGUGAUCACCGCCUCCCUCCCUGCCCCUACUCUCAGGCAGCGCCACGGAUCUUGACUCUGUCCAGGCUGAUGUCAGUCCUCCCAGCGAUACAGAGCUCCCUCCGCACUUAUGAGGCACAUCUGGUGUGGCUGCGGGACAGCAAGAUCAUCCAGCGCACCAACCUCACCCACAAGAUCACGGAGGUGCUCAGACUGCUUCAGAGCCUGGCCUUUCGAGUGGAGGAUGAGAUGCAAAAGAUGAAUCUACCUCGGCAACCAACCACCAGCUUCUCUCUCACCUUGAUGAAAGACUGGCCUACACUCCGCGCGGGAUACAUCAUCCUCCGGGACCUUCGGAUUUUCCUGAACAAGAGUGCACACGAGCUCCUCGAGCUGUACCCAGAAUGGUGAAGGAGGGGUGGAAGAGGGCUCGUGAGGCGUGAGGUGCUUUGACGAGAGAGGGAGAGACUCCCUUUCUCCUUCCUCUCCCCUUUCUCAUUUCCGUUCCCUUAUAAUUUAUUAAAUUAUUGCUUUCCUUCUAAUUUAUUUAUUUAUUUAAUGCCAAACCCACCCCCCCCCCCCCACCCCUCACUGGAGCAUCACAAAGUGGGGGUGAGUUCAAAGACAUCUUAGACUAAAGAGUACACUGUGCAAAUGUUGUGCCCUACUAGGACCUUUCCUGAAGACUCUGUAGGAAGUUGUCCAAAGAGGCUUGGGAUGUUCCAAAAGGUCCCAAGUGAAGCCUGGUCCCAAAUGGCCCCUAUGGGAGGCCUAGUCCCAAAUAGACAUUCCAACAGGCCCAAGGUGAAGCCUGGAGAUUUCCUACAGCUUUAACCAGAGGCUAUGUCUUACACAAUGAGCCCAGUUUGGCCAACAGGUUUUAGAUCUUUCCUACAGCCUUUACCAGACCCAGUACAACAUAUUGGGCUUAGAGAGAAGGGCCUUACCAAAGGCAGUAGCCUCGAACACCCGAGAGCCCAGAUGAGCCAAAAGGCCAGGACUUCCUCUGAAGCCUCUGCCUUUAGUACGAACACCCACCCUAUGGAAAACUCAGUAACUUGUACAGGGCACAAAACUUGUCAAGACCCGGUAAUGAUGUUGCAGCCACUGUUGUGUCCUUUGAAAUGCUUUAUUUUUACGCAGUUAAUUUAUGAGUCUUUUAAGUUAUUUGCAUUUAUUUAUUGGAACUGAUUAUUUAUCCAGAAUGUGGGGUCGAAAGUCGACACCGCCACUCAUGCACUGGGAAAAAUUUCUAGAUAAAGAAAUAAUGGAUCAAUAAAGCUAUUUUUGUGAAAAAUAA